GUCGAUUCGCCCCCUUCCAAACGCACAAAAUGUCCACUUGAUGACCCCCAAAUUGGUGGUCGUGGUCGCGAUGGUGGUCGUCUCAUGCCGGUUUCUUCCUCAGGCUCUGGCCUAGUCUCACAGCUCACAUCGACUAUUUUGUAAUACUUGUUACAACUUGCAAGACAUACACGGGCUCGAAUCGCUCGAUGAAACUAAUCAUACGGUUCUUGCGUUCCUCCCACCACUCACAGCCCCUUGAUUCAAUAAAUGGCCCUGACCCGUCUACUCCACUACACUCCACUGCCCACUGCCCACUGCCCAGUGACUCCACCCAUACUACUCCGUACACUAUCUCCCACUACACCACACCAAUAAUGCAGACCCUCACGAUGCACUGCACAAUUCUCUGCCUUAGUUCUCUGUUAGUCUUCACUACUUUGUGCAAAUUUCUUUUUUUCUUCAUCAACUUUCCAUCUGCCGCUGCAAUCGUUGCGCGCGCACGGCGGUCCACUGCAUGUAACUCCGAGCCACUUUUUCCCUCCCACCUGGCACCACCCCAAAGACAACAACCCCCAAUCCACAGGCACAGGGGUAAUUGCAAUAGGUAAACCGUCGUCCGGCCGCGUACCGUAACAGCGACCAUGUAUGAAUAUAGUAUGAGUAUGAGUAUGAGUAUAGUGUACGCCCGCCCGUACGUGUAUCUCGUGGUCUGUCUGGCUUUUUUUUAG